AUGGGUUGUUCACAAUCGAAAACUGACACAUUAUCUAACAAAUCUAUCGAAGAAGAAUCUCGUAUAAAAUCUAUUCAAUCUCAUUCAUUAUCUAAUGAACAAUCGGAUCGUAUCAUAGAAGAUUGUAUUAUCGUUUGGUUUCUUAAUGAUUCUUCCAUAGAUAUAAAAAUUGAAAAAGCUAAAUUACGUCAUGUUGUUUCAACAGUAAAAAUCUUCAAUGAUUGUGAUAAAUGUAUUAAUUAUAUUAUAAAUAUUCGAAUUGAAAGAAUAUUUCUUAUUGUACCAACUCAAGAAACAUUUCUUGAAUCAAUACAAAAUUUACCUCAAAUUGAAAAAAUUUAUAUACUUGAUCCAUCUUUUCGUGAAAAUGAUAAUAUUAUAGAUAUUACUACAUCAUCGAAUAUUUUUUAUGAUAUUGAUAGUCUUCGUCAACAAUUAGAAACAGAUGUUGAAUUAUGUGGAUUUGAUCUUUUAAUUAUUAGUGCUUCGAAUUCAUUAUUACAUGAUGAUACUAUAUCUAAUGAUGUAAAAAAACAACAAGCAUCAUUUCUUUAUACACAAUUAAUACGAGAAAUUCUCUAUCGAUUAAAAUUUGAAAAUAAUGCUAAAAAUGAAUUUAUUAAUUUUUGUCGAUUACAUUAUGCACAUAAUUAUGAACAAUUAUGUAUAAUUGAUGAUUUUGAAAAAAAUUAUCGUCCACAAAAAAUACUUUGGUGGUUAACACGACAAUGUUUUAUUGGACGUAUUUUACAACGCAUGCAACGUACAUGUGAAAUUGAUAUUCUUUAUAAAUUAGGUUUUCUUAUUAAACAUGCACAUACACAACUUACUAUUCUUCAAGAAAAUAAUUCAUUUAUAUCAGAAAAUUUAUUAAUUGUCUAUCGUGGUAAAACAAUGUUUAACGAUAAAUUUAUUGCUUUUAUAAAAAAUAAUUAUGGUGGUCUUCUUUCAUUUAGCAAUUUUUUUAUAGCUCAUAGAGAUAAAGAAAUUAGUCUUAAUUUUAUUCGUCGUCGUCUUACUGCUUUUCCUAAUACAAUUGGUAUUCUUUUUGAAAUACAUAUUAAUCCAAUAAUACGUAGUAUAAGAAGUCCAUUUGCUACACUUGAUAAAAUUUAUGUUGAUGAACAGAUUGAAAAAAAUGGUAUUUUAUUUAGUAUGAGUACUGUCUUUCGUAUUGAUUCUAUUGAAGAAUUUAUUGACAAUUUAACAAUUACUAUAUGGACUGUAAAAUUAAGUUUAAUUGCUGAUGAUGAUCCACAAUUACUUCGUCUUGUAACACCAUUACGAAGUAGUGAAAUACAUGCUAAUCCAUUGUCAUAUGUAGGUAAAUUAUUUAUAGAAAUGGGUGAAUAUACACAUGCUGAACAAUUUUUUAUUGAAAUGUUACAAGAUACUUCAGUUCUUAGUCAACCACAUCGUCUUGUACGUGUACAUAAUGGUCUUGGUGCUAAUUAUAUGAUUACAGGUGACUAUGUAAAAGCAUUAGAACAAUAUCAACAAGCACUUGAUGUCAGUUUGAGUUAUUUACCAUCUAUACAUAUUGAUCUUGUUCCUCUUUAUGAUGCUAUUGGAAAAAGUUAUUUUCAUCUAGGUGAUUAUAAAAAUGCCGUAGAAAACUAUGAAAAAGCAGUAGGUUUACUUAGAUUUAAUGGUCAGUCAAACAAUAAUCAAUUUAUCAGCGAUUUAAAUAUUCGUAUUGACGAUACUAAGAAACUACUUAACAAUAUAUGA